CGCGCCUGGACGCGCGCCGCGGCUCGCAGGGCCAGCGCGCCAUCCUGCUGCGCGGCCAGAUGCGCCACGUGCCGGACAUCGACGCCAUCGUCUUCUUCUGCAGCCCGCUGAUAAACAAUUUGGACGAACUGCCGAAUAUGGGCUUGUAUCUCAACGAUCUCAAUCUACAUGGCCUUAGCCGAGAGAUGGUUCUCAAAGGAUGGCAACAUUGUUCGCGGCUGGAGCUGCUGUUCGAGCGCGCGGAGGAGCGGUCGGGCGCGCUGGAGCGGUCGCUGCGCCUGCUCGACCGCUGGAAGCGGCGCGGGGACGAGCUGCUCUACUCCAUGAUCCCGCGCCCGGUGGCCGACCGCCUGCGCUCC